CGACCAACCCUAGACAAAGACGCCGAUCCCACCCAGCAUUGACUCUCCGUCCGGGGCUAUAUACGUAGCUAUCGACGCCUAGAGUUAAGAGCUCUCCCCGCGCGAUGCCCCGUCCCGGAUCAGCCAUGGACGAGGUAGACCGCGAACUCAUACUGGCGUCGGAGGACGCUCGGGUCCACAUGUCCCGCUCCAACACCGAACAGCAGCAAACGCAGCACCGGCCCAGCAGCGAAGUAGAGCGCGUGGUCACCGCCACGUCCAUAUCGACGUCGUCGAGCGACGAUGCCGUGGCGCGGCGGCACGGCGGCCUGAGCCGGAUCCCGACCCAGCGGGACCAAGAGAGAGACCCUACCGUGCUGAGCCGGAUCAACACCGCCAGGAGUCAGCACAGCGCUACCGUCGGACGGAGCGCCACCUCGAGAACGCGCGAGUCUCGGCGGCCCUUACCCGCCUUCGGCGCCGGCAAGCCCUUUCCCCCGCCUCUACCCGACCAGGAAGAGUACGUCGUUGAGUUCGACGGGCCCGACGACCCAUAUCAUGCCCAGAACUGGUCUCUCAAGAAGAAGUUACUGACGGCUGCUAUGCUGGGGUAUACCACCAUGACGGCAGCCUUCGCGUCCAGCAUCUUCUCCGCCGCCACGCCGUACGUCGCCCGAGAAUUCAACGUUAGCUCCGAGGUCGGCAUUCUGGGCCUGUCCCUCUUCGUCCUCGGCUUCGCCACCGGGCCGACCCUAUGGGCCCCCCUGUCCGAGCUGAAGGGCCGGCGCCUCCCCAUCGUCAUCUCCAUGUUCGGCUUCUCCGUGUUCUCCAUCGCCUGCGCCACGGCCAAGGACCUGCAGACCCUGCUCCUCUGCCGCUUCUUCGCCGGCUUCUUCGGCGCCUGCCCGCUCGCCGUCGUCGCCGCCGUCUUCUCCGACAUGUUCAACAACGCGACCCGCGGCGUGGCCAUCACCAUCUUCUCCAUGGCCGUCUUCACCGGUCCGCUGUUCGCCCCCUUCGUCGGCGGCUUCAUCGUCCAGUCCUACCUCGGCUGGCGCUGGACCAUGUACAUCGUCAGCUUCAUGGGCUUCCUCGCCUUCGCCCUCGACCUCCUCUUCCUCAGCGAGACGUACCCGCCCGUCAUCCUGAUCGAGAAGGCGGCCGAGCUGCGCCGGCGCACGCGCAACUGGGGCAUCCACGCGAAGCAGGAGGAGAUCGAGGUCGACUUCGGGGAGCUGCUGCAGAAGAACUUCACCCGGCCGAUGCGGCUCCUGUUCGGCGAGCCCAUCGUGACGCUGCUCUCCAUCUACAUGGCCUUCAUCUACGGCCUGCUCUACCUCUUCCUGACCGCGUACGGCUUCGUCUUCCAGGGCGUGCACGGCUUCAACGCGGGCGAGUCGGGGCUCGCCUUCUUCGGCAUGAUCAUCGGCCAGCUGAUCGCCGGCAUCGUCGUGCUGCUCGACCAGCCCGCGUACCAGCGCAAGCUCGCCGCCAACGGCGGCGUGCCCAUCCCCGAGUGGCGCCUGCCCAUCGUCAUCUACGGCGGCGUCGCCUUCACCGGCGGCAUCUUCUGGUUCGGCUGGUCGGGGUACCGCGCCGACGUGCACUGGAUCGUCCCCGCCGCCUCGGGCAUCCUCACCGGCUUCGGCCUCAUGGCCAUCUUCCUCCAGGCCCUCAACUAUCUCGUCGACGCCUACCUCAUGUUCGCCGCCUCGGCCAUCGCGGGCAACACCUUCCUCCGGUCACUGUGCGGCGCCGGCUUCCCGCUCUUCUCGACCUACAUGUUCAACGGCAUGGGGAUCGAGUGGGCGUCGACGCUGCUCGGGUGCGUGGCGGCCGCGCUGGUGCCCAUCCCCGUCAUCUUCUACCUGUACGGCCACAAGAUCCGCCAGCGCAGCCACUUCGCGCCGACGGGGGGCCCGCUCGCGCCGCCGGCCCCCGCCCCCGGCGCGUCGAGCUCCAGCAACGACACCGCCAUCGACGCCGGCGCCCCGCCCGUCGACCAAGCGGCGGCCGCGAGCGCGCCGCGCACGGUGACGAAGGAGGAGAAGGCGUGAGGAGCAAAAGUGUGGCAACAUCGCGUUGCGGCGUUGG